UGUUGAAUCUGAGGCCACGCCCGUAUCCGUGACGUCAGCUGACACAUGUCCAUCAGCGUUUUCUGGGCAAAAACACAGAGGUGAGAAAAGUCAACUGUCGGCUUAUUUGAAAUAUGAUUAAAACGAUGGCCCCGCCCCCUGUCUGCUGCGUCGCACGAUUAACAUGGAAGCUGCUUUUCUGUAUAUAAAGCCAGGGGAGGUUGAUCGCGGCUCAGGCUGCUGACGGCACUUUAAGACCACCGCGACUCGAGCACUUCUAAGAAGCGCCUUUAAAAGGGGCAGCCCCGGCUGACUGACUUUCAAGUCAUCAUGGCGGACUCCAGCUUCAACAACAUGACAUCCCUUGCGCGGGCUUUGUCACAGGACCUGACCGAAGUGGGUGAUGUUUGUCCCACGCGAAAUUCUCAGGUGCAUCCGUCCCGAAAGAGGAAAAUAUCGAGCCGUAACUCGAUCGAGUCCCCUGAGCUGACGCCGUCCGCCGAGGCGCGAGUCCUAGUCAUCAACACUGGAGGAACCAUCGGGAUGACACUUCAUGAUAACGUGCUUGCACCAAAGGCCAAUGCAUUUGUUCAAAGUCUCCGCAAGCUGCCUAUCCUCCAUGACGAGACAUAUGCGCAGCUAACCCGCCUGUAUGACUGCUAUGGAUCUGAGAACACCCUGGUCCUACCGAAGCCAGCGUUCCACUGUGACCCUCAGUUUCACAGGAUGAGUAAAAACAACAAGAGGAUAGUCUACACUAUUUUAGAGUACAACCCUUUGUUGGACUCAUCCAACAUGACCACUGAUGACUGGGGUAGAAUUGGAAAGGACAUUGAGAAAAACUAUGAAAACUAUGAUGGUUUUGUGAUCCUUCAUGGCACAGACACUAUGGCUUACACGGCAUCGGCCCUGUCCUUCAUGUGUGAACAUUUGGGCAAACCAAUCAUUCUCACUGGCGCACAGGUGCCGAUCUAUGAGAUGAGGAAUGAUGGCAGAGGUAACCUGCUGGGGGCGCUGCUGAUUGCUGGACAGUUUGUCAUUCCUGAGGUGUGCCUGUAUUUCUACAACAAACUCUACAGAGGGAAUCGCGUGACCAAAGUGGAUGCUGGGAGUUUCGAUGCUUUCUCCUCUCCUAACCUGGCUCCACUGGCCAUUGCUGAAGUGGACGUUAUAAUCAACUGGGACACGGUUUGGAGAGCAAACACCACAGUAAAGUUUCAAGUCAGGACGGAGCUGAACCGGAACGUAGGCCUGCUCAGGCUGUUCCCAGGAAUAACUGCUGCUACUGUGAGGGCUUUUCUGCAGCCGCCCAUGCAGGGCGUAGUCCUGGAGACCUACGGCAGUGGAAAUGCCCCCGAUAACCGUCCUGACCUGCUAGAGGAGCUGAAGAAGGCUACUGACUCGGGCGUCAUCAUCAUCAACUGCACCCAGUGUUUGAGGGGAACUGUGUCUACAUCUUAUGCCACCGGCAAGGUGUUGAUGGAUGCAGGGUUGAUAGCUGGUGGUGACAUGACUCCAGAGGCCGCCCUGUCAAAGCUGUCCUAUGUUUUAGCCAAGAACGAUCUUGAUCUAGAGGCCAAGAAAAAGAUGAUGGGUCAGAACCUGCGAGGCGAAAUGAGAGCUGACUUGGCAGGAGCCAAGCUGUGUCUGAGCGACAGCCGUUUCAUCCAGGUCAUCGCCAAGUCUCUGAGCAUCAGCUGCAAGGAGGAGCUGGAAGCCAUUCGUGAUGCUCUGACUCCUCCACUGGCAUGUGCUGCUGCUAAGACUGGAGACAUAGAAGCCUUAACAGCACUGAAAGAAAUGGGCACUAACUUGUGUCUGGGUGACUAUGACGGACGCACACCCCUGCAUAUUGCUGCCUGCGAGGGCGAUGUGAAACUGGUGGAGUACCUGCUGGGUCACGGAGCCACAGUAUACGCUAAAGAUCGCUACGGGGAUACACCCUUAUGCAAUGCUGUACGCUUUAGGCACAAGGAAGUUGUGAAGCUGCUGAGAACGACCGGAGCUCACUUCUCCAGAGAUAAGUUGGAGGAAGCAGGAACAGAACUGUGCAGCCUGGCAGCCAGCGGUGACCUGGAGGGCCUGGAAAUCUGGAGCCUUGCUGGAGCGGACCUGAAUAAACCAGGCUAUGACGGACAAACAGCAAUUGAAGUGGCCAAGGCUGCUGGUAAUCGUGAAGUAGCGUCAUUUUUACUCCGGUGCAUGAACAACAACCCCAUGCACGAGAUCCACCACAGCAGGGCGGCACGUUCACAGCAAGAGGGUUCCAGGUUCGAACCCUGGCUCUUCUGUGCAUGUUCUCCCUGUGCCUGCGUGGAUUGUCUCCAGAAAAAUGGAGAGUGUGGACGCACCACCUAUCCACAGGAACAGUGAGCUGACACUAUCUCCACCUGUCAGGAAUCAUCCUCUGUGUCCACUUCCACUACACGCUGUCCACCGUCCAUCCACAGAGUUGCUGCACAAGGCUUAAAGCCAUCACUGCUUACUUUGUCUCCCUCCAAACCCACUACAAGCACAUUUUUUAACCAAUGCUUUGACUGCAUGGUGUCCAGAAAGGACAGCACUAGGUGUGUAUUUAUAUAUAUAUUUGUUACACAGCAGUCUCUGCAUGAGGAAACGUAAAAUUCUGCUGAAUGUUUUAAUCCAGUCCUUUUAUUGUUGUGUAUGAACAACAGACUCAGUUACUGUGAUGUCCAGUCAGGGAAUUAAAGGUGAACUUCACCUGAGCUAUUUAAACAUGGAGAGUGCUGAAACCUCCCAUUACUGCUUGAAUAGUGAAGGAUGACGGUUACAUUAUUUUUAUAGCACAGAGAGAGGGAGAGUUCAUGAACUUUGGAUUGUGUGCAUUCCUUUAUAAAGUAAUGUCUCCUUCUAUAGCAAAAUGUGAUAUCUGGAAGUACAGGGUACAUUCACAGAUUUUUAUUUUUAUGCUUCUUUAGUGAGAUGCUGGAAAGUACCAUGUAAUCUACUGGAAACUAUGGAUGGUUUUUUACUAUCUGUAUUAUUAUCCAACUGUAGCACUUGUCCACUCCGGUCUCAAGUAUACCUCCACCCCUUGAAUCAGAGAUUUUCAUUUCCGUCUGCUCAAACUGGUAUUACAAAAACCUGCAGUUUAUCUUACAGACUCAUCCGGCCUGUUUCUCGUGCUUAUUGUCGAGCUGGAAGAGUCACAUACUGUAUGUUACUUUGAAAUAUAAAGGGGAAAUUUGGUCUGCAGGAUAAAUAAAAGCUUAAAACUGCCACAGUUUUUGUAUUCUAUCAUGUAUUUUGUCCUCUAUAUUCCUUGCAUCCAUGAUCACAAACAAAUGACUGAUUGUACUUUCCUUAUCUUUGUUGUGCAACAAGUAAAUGGUGUUGAACGGUUCUACUGUGGUUUGAUACCAUUUACUCUCUACCAAUCCAGGUUUAAACACUUUAAUGUUAUCACCUGUAAGAGAAGUACACGUGACUUUAAAGUGCAAAUACAUAUCCGUUACUUAAAAUGCAUCCUGUUGUUUUCAGUGCUGUUAUAGUCUCAUCCUGUUGUGUGAGACGAGUGAGUGUGAACGUUUUUCAGUGUUCUGUUUCCCCUGUGGAAAAUAA